UGGAAAGGGCGGGGUGGUUUCGGAUGAAAGUUUAAUUACGUGCCCGGGAAUUGCAACCAUUUGACUUUGGCCUUUGAAUGCAUGCUUAAAAAAAGUGUCAUUAGUGGCGUGGGGCUGGUGGACAGUGAGGAAUGUGUUGUUUUGAAACCAAAGGAGAGUAAACGCUCCCUCUCCCCAAACAAGACUCUCCCGCGAGUCCGGCGGCCGCCUUUGGAGAGACCAGAGAGAACAUGGCGGCCCCCGAAGGCCGAAGCUGCAGCCUCUCUGGCCUGCUCCCGGCUCAGACCUCCCUGGAGUACGCCUUGCUCGACGCCGUCACCCAGCAAGAGAAGGACAGCCUGGUCUACCAGUAUCUGCAGAAAGUGGACGGUUGGGAGCAGGACUUGUCAGUACCCGAGUUUCCGGAAGGAUUAGAAUGGCUGAACACAGAAGGGCCUAUUUCUGUGUACAAGGAUCUGUGUGGAAAAGUGGUUGUCCUUGAUUUCUUCACCUACUGCUGCAUAAACUGUAUUCACCUAUUGCCUGAUCUCCAUGCAUUAGAACACAAAUACUCCGAUAAAGAUGGUCUUCUCAUUGUUGGUGUUCAUUCGGCUAAGUUUCCAAAUGAAAAAGUCCUGGAUAACAUUAAGAGUGCUGUUCUUCGAUACAAUAUCACCCACCCCGUGGUUAAUGAUGCAGAUGCCAGCCUUUGGCAAGAACUAGAAGUGUCUUGCUGGCCAACUCUGGUCAUACUUGGACCCCGUGGAAACAUGUUGUUUUCUUUGAUUGGAGAGGGACACAAAGAUAAAUUGUUUUUAUAUACUUCAGUCGCUUUAAAGUAUUACAAAGACAGGGGGCAGAUCAGAGAUAAUGAAAUUGGAAUAAAACUCUAUAAAGAUUCUUUGCCACCUUCACAAUUGCUGUUUCCUGGCAAAGUAACAGUAGAUCUUGUUACUGAUAGAUUAGUAAUAGCAGAUACCGGACAUCAUAGAAUUUUGGUUGUCUGGAAGAAUGGACAAAUUCAGUACAGCAUUGGAGGACCUAACUCUGGAAGGAAAGAUGGAACAUUUUCAGAGUCAACUUUUAAUUCACCACAGGGUGUAGCCAUGAUGAAUAAUAUCGUAUAUGUGGCAGAUACUGAAAACCACCUUAUAAGAAAGGUUGAUCUAGAAGCUGAGAUUGUGAGCACUGUAGCUGGUGUUGGAAUUCAAGGUACAGAUAAAGAAGGUGGAGCAAAAGGAGAACAACAACCCAUUAGUUCCCCUUGGGAUAUAGUUUUUGGAACAUCAGGUUCAGAGGUCCAAAAACAUGACAUUCUGUGGAUAGCCAUGGCCGGGACUCAUCAGAUAUGGGCGCUCUUUUUGGACAGUGGCAAACUACCAAAGAAAAAUGAGUUAAAAAAAGGAACCUGCAUUCGAUUUGCUGGAAGUGGAAAUGAAGAGAAUCGAAACAACGCAUAUCCGCACAAGGCAGGUUUUGCCCAACCUUCAGGUCUUUCGCUGGCUUCUGAGGAACCCUGGAGCUGCCUAUUUGUAGCAGAUAGUGAGAGCAGUACUGUGAGAACAGUCUCACUGAAGGAUGGAGCAGUGAAGCACCUUGUAGGAGGAGAAAGAGAUCCCAUGAAUUUAUUUGCAUUUGGUGAUGUGGAUGGAGUAGGAAUCAACGCAAAGCUUCAGCACCCACUUGGAGUAACAUGGGACAAGAAAAGGGAUUUACUUUAUGUGGCAGACUCCUAUAAUCACAAGAUUAAAGUCGUGGAUCCAAAAACAAAAAACUGUGCAACAUUAGCAGGAACAGGAGAUGCAAGUAAUGUUAUCAGUUCCAAUUUUAUAGAAUCAACUUUUAAUGAACCAGGAGGCUUGUGUAUUGGAGAGAAUGGUCGGUUAUUAUAUGUAGCAGACACAAAUAAUCAUCAAAUUAAAGUGAUGGAUUUAGAAACAAAAAUAAUUUCUGUGCUCCCUGUCUUCAGAUCUGAAAAUGCAGUUGUAGAUGGUCCAUUCCUAGGAGAAAAACAAAAGACAUUACCCAAACUACCUAAAUCUGCUCCAAAAAUUAGGCUUUCUUCAGUGACUGCAUCUCCAGGCCAGAUUCUUCAAUUCAAGCUAAGAUUAGACUUUCCAUCAGAAACAAAGCUAACUGAAGGAGUAGCCAGUUGCUGGUUUCUAACAGCUGAAGGCAAUGAAUGGCUUCUUCAAGGACAGACACCAUCUGGAGAAAUAGAGAGCAUUUCCAAUCAACCAACAAUAUCACUACAGAUUCCUGGCGAUUGUUUAUCACUUGAAGCUGUUAUAUCUAUAAGGGUGUUUCUUUAUUACUGUAGCACAGACAGCAGUGCCUGUAUGAUGAAGGGAAUUUUGUUCACUCAGCCUUUACAAAUAACUGAUAUACAGCAAGGUUACAUAGCUCCAGUAGAGCUCAGGUAUGUAUUUUAGCAAGCUAGGUAGCCACCCACUGCCACAGCUGUUGCAUCCCUCAUUCUCACCUUCACUAUAACUUAUGAAAAGCUUUAUUUCUGCCUCUGGGAUGUUAAGAAACCCACUGCUCAGUUCCAGCAACGGAUACUAAAAUAAAGCUAUGUUCCUUUUCUACUUAUUUAUUAUAAACAGAUUCCUUCAUUCUAGUUGUGGACCAGCCAAGUCAAUGACCAUCAUUUGAACCACGAUUUUGUAAUCUAUGCUGCUAUUUGGCCUAAAACUGAAGUCCACACUCUGGUAUAGAAUGUAAUAUAAGAUGAUCUGCCACAAAUACAGAUAAUAAUACCAAAUAUUUUGGCCUAAAAUCCAGUCCCCAUGUUUGUAUAAGAACACUUGUCAUUUAAGACAUUGAGGUCUGCUUUAAGCUAAAAAGCAAAACAGAAAAACAUUUUUUCAUCACAGUAGACAUUUUAAAGAGUACCCGAGUGGUAAAUGUUCUCUGUCAUCUUCUGUGAUUUUCUCAGUUGAGAUAUAUUUAAAAGAGAGUGAUGAUCUAUUUUUAUUAUAAAUUGUUUGCUGUUUUAACAUAUCCUUAUUAUAACUUUAUUCAGAAAAAAAUUGUAGAGUUACUAAGGACAUACGAACCGACUCCUUUAACUUUUUCUAGAAUGAACACUUUCUUACCAGAUGGUGAAAGAGACUCAGAAACAUCAUGAGUUUCAAAGAUAAAAGGAUUCAGGGACACAUUACAUUCUGUCAUACUAGUUCAUUUUAAAGAAUUUAUUAUAACAGCUGAAACUGAUGGUAAUAGAUGUACAUGUUGAAAUUACAUUUCACUUAUAAGCAAAUGCAUAAAAUACAGAUUUGUUGGUGGGUUUUUUUGUAUGUUUUGGUUCCCACUAUCAAUUUAAGUUCUGAGCAUUUAUUGUGAUGUUUUUAAAACCACUUUUAAGCCUUCAAAGUGAAAAAUUCAAUGUAAAGCACAUUCACGGUAUCAAUAGAUAUAGUAUUUCUGAAUAUAUUAGUUUUUAAAGUAUGAAGGCUGAAACUUAGUGAUUUGAUAACACUUUUUUUAUUUUGUUCUUUUAACCCCAAAAGAAAUAGCCAAUGAAGAUACUGAAAGAUCUUCAUUGUUACCAUAAUUUAUCUGUAUAACUAUUUAAAAGCCUAUUCUUGUUUUACCUAAAACUGAUUUAGCAUGUUUGUGAUUUAAUCAGCUUACAAGAUUUUAGAAACAUGAGGUGAACCGUAUUUAUUUAUUCAGUAAAUAUUUUAGACAAUAUGACACAAUAUGCCUUUCCCCCUUCAAAAUUAGUGUUAAAUUUCAAGUGUAAUCUUUAAGCACCAUCAUCAGUCCCUUUCUUUAUAUUUUAAACUAGUUUUGAAACAUGUUAUUAGCUUCUUUUUAUUCAGAUUAGAUGAAUCACCAAAGUAAGGAAAUGCACAGAUCAUGACUUUGAUUUAAUUUGUAUAUCUACUAAAGCUAGUUUUUACAAGAAGUAUAAAUGUAAAAUUAGAAGGAAUCUUUUGAUUACUUCAUAGACCUUUUUGCUCCAAAAACAAAACAAAAAAAAGGAUAGAUAACAUUAGUAUUCUCUUUUAUUGCAAAUAGGCCUUAGGCAUUUUAUUAAUCUCAUUUCAUUUAUUAUACUUCUCAUUUCUAGUUGGACAGGAUGAGAAUAUUUUAAGUCAGUUAUUUCCUAAUUAAGGACAUAAACAAUUUCACUCUCUAAAAGAAGUAUAUACAAUUUUAACUUAGUAAUUUAGAAAUACCUAAUAAUUUAUUUUCCAGUAUAAUACACACACAAACACACACAAGUAUUUUAUGUAUGUAUUUUCAUGUUAACUUAAAAAUCCAGAAAUAUUUUCUAGAAUCCAGUAAUUUUCUCCUUAUUUUCCUAGACAGUUUCAGAUUAGUCUCAUACUUUUUCUGGUUUUCAAAAGUGUAGCUUUAUUGAACAUUCUCAUACUUGCCUAGCCAGUCUGCAUUGUUUUUUACAUUUAAAAUGUUAUUUAUAGUAGAGUAGUAUGGUUUUGAAUAAAUCAUGCUAAAGCGAUAUAAGAAGCUUCCUAGAAUUUACGACUCACAUAGCCUCUUACAUAAAAGAAAGCACUUAGAAAGUUUAUUUUUAAAACUUGUUGACUCUUUUCUGUGUUCUCUUUUCUAUAACGGCUUCUGUACUUUUUUUUAACUUUUGCUUUUGUUGUUACAUAAAUUUUUAUGUCCAGUGAUAGUUUAAAAAGAGUAAGAUUUUGGAAAUCUUUGCCCUAAAUUAUUCUGCUUGUCAAUAUUCUUUCCUCCCCUCUUUGUGAUAUCAUUUCACAAAUAGUAGAAUUUCUUUUAAAGAAUUCUUACUCAAAAUUGAUAUGAUCCCUGUAAUGAUUUUGCAUAUCUUCAAUAUGCUGUCUCAAGCAAGUAUUUAACUUAUUCACAAGGGAAAAUUUGCAGUUUAAUCACCUACAAGUGUACUGGCCAAAUUCAAUAACUAAAAAACGUUUUUGUUCUUACCUGUUGUAAUAUAGUUGUAGUGUUUUCAGGCCUGCAGAAAGCUAAAAAUCUUAACAUGGCCAAGAGGAGUUUAAUAUGUGUGGGUAUGUGUAUGUGUCUGUGUACGUUGUGUGUAGAUACACAGAUACAAAGAUCAAUUCAGGAAUUUCUCAUGUAAGUUUCUUUUAUGACCAUUAUACUUUUGACAAAUUACUAACACUAAGACAAAAUUCUCUUUGAUUGUUUUUCCAUAGUUUGGAAAAUUUAGAUAUUAAAUGUAGAUAUUAAAAGAUAUUUAGAAAACAUAUUUCUGAAAUAAAAUAGUUUUCUACCUGCACAAAAUUUACUGUUAUUUUAUAUCUGAUAAUCAAAAAGACUUCAGUCUAGCCACAUAUUUAGCGUUCUGUUUAAGAACAAGCAUCCAAAAUUAACUAAAUUCCAUAAAAAUAUGUACAGAGGGACUGUAUCGGUGGCUAUCCUGAAUGAUGGAAUUAUGGAUGUUUUUAUUUUAGUUCUAAUUUUCUGUAUUUUCUUUUACAAUGAGCAAUGUGUUAUUUUCAAAACCAGAAAAAAAAAAUCUAAAUGUUUUUUAAAGAUUUAAAAUUAACUGAAUAGUAAACACUUACUAUAAAGUCACUUUUAUUACCAAAGAUGAGAACAUUGUUUGGAGUCCAUUGAUCUACCAGUUCUCUUUGCUUAAGGAUGUGAUAUAGUGAAGAUAGAAAUGAAUGUGGCUUUUUUCUUCUGGUGUCUUCAUCAUGUAAUGUAGUGUAGUGUAGUAGGUUAAGAGGGUAUACUUUGCAGUCAGUUGGAUUCUAAUCUUGUAAAAGGGGACUAAUAUACCUGCCUCAUGGAGUUGCAAUGAGGAAUCAGUGAAAUAUUGUUUGUAAAGAAUUUAGUUGAUGAGAUUGCUAGCUAUUGGCUUAAGUUGAUAAUAUUGAUAAUAGUAAUUUAUAACCAAAGACACAUGAUUUGACAUUUUCUUUGCAACUGCAAUUGCUAAAGGAAAAUAUUUCUCUACCAACAAUUUGAUACAUUAAUAGCUCUCCAUAGAGUUGGGAUUUAAAGAGAGAAAUACAGUUUUGUUAACAGUGUAUCACUAUUUAUAUAGCAUAUUAUCGUUACAAGGAAGCAUACCUGCAGUUAUAUAUUUUUUAAAUAAAAACUUUCUGGGACUACUGGAACCAUGAACUUCCUUGGAGAAGGUCCAGACAUAUUUACCCUGAACCCGAAUACUUGUAUCUUUACCAAAAAGUUUCACUCUAAUGGCGCUUUAUAGUCUUCAAAGUGUUUUCAUGUAUAUUGCCUUAUUUGAGCUUUAAAAUAACCCUUUGAAUCAGACAGCUAGAUGUUAUAUCCACUUUACAGACGAGGAAACUAAGCUUCAGAAUUUUAGUGACAUAUAUCAAGGUCAGAAAGCUCCCAGAGCAGCAUCUAAUGCCUGGAGCUGUGCCUGGCAUGAGCAGUGGUCAGUCCAUUUUGUCCAGUGACUGAAGACUGAAUAGUGGAUCUUUUAUCCUAGCACAGGUUUCCUAAUUCUUAGCUCUACUCUUAGAUCUAGAGUGAAAACAAACUGCUAUAUUAAGAAUGCUUAUUUAAACUUUUAUGAAUGUAUACUUAAACCUUUACAGUAUUUAAAUAAAGUAGUAAGAAUGAUUGCUAGCAUCUGUUGAGUGCUUCAGUCACUUUUCUAAGUGCUUUAUAUGCAUUAACUUAUUUAGUCCUCACGGCAACCUGAGGGAGGUACUGUUUUCUUAUUUUACAUAAAAAGAAACUGAGACACAGAGAGGGUAAGCAGUUAUACAAACAUGAUAAAGUUAUACUUUGAAAGUAGAAUUCACUGUUAAUCACCAAGAUUGCCUUUUCCUCCUCUUGAUUAUGUGAGUCUGCUUAACCACCACACUGUAUUGCCUCAAAGUAUUGUGGGGUUUUUUUUAACACGUCUGUCAUAGUUUUAUAUAAUAAUUAAUAAAUCCAAAGAACCCAAAAAGAAUUUUUGAAAUUUAAGAUAAAUACUUUGAAUUAUAUUAACCUUUUUGACUUUUUAUAAUACACUUUUUAGCUGUAUAAUCAUUGUUUCCCCAAAUAUUUUUCUUUCUUAAAUUCAGAUAAUAUCCAGAGCUUUUUUCUGGAGAUGGGGGAACAGAUAGAUGUGUAUUCAAGAAUAGCUUCCAGUGAGCUUGUCAUAAAAAGCAACUGGAUUCUUAGCACCGGAUUCUCUCAGACCAUAAGAAACUUAUUCAUACUCAUGGAAAUUUUGUUUUAAUAGGCAAAGUGAGCUCUAGAAACAUGAUAUUUGGCCAGUCUGUUAAUAUGCAUAAUGUCUAAUUGCUUCAUAAAUAUCACUGUGGUAUGUAGACACCUACAGUGACUCAUCUAUAUGCAAUUCUAUUAUAGUAGACUUUUCUCCACAGUCAACCCAUUAUUCCAGUAGUAGGUACUAUUAAAAGGAAGCAAAACGUUAGUAAUUAGGAUUCAAGAUCAUCAAGAUAAAAGAAUGCAAGCAUCUUUUCAUCCUUAAAUAGUUUGCUAAUUUAAAUUAAGUAGUAGUAUGGUGCAGGCAGGAAUUUGUUAGCCUUGUUAUAAAUCCGUUCUUGAAAUUCAUAAGGAAAUCAAUUUAAGGAGAUGGUGAUAAAGUCAUACUUUGAAAGUAGAAUUCACUGUUAAUUGCCAAGAUUGCCUUUUCCUCCUCUUGUGGUACACACAUAUUUUAUUUAAAUGAAUUCACACUAGCCAUAAAUCAGUACUAUGUCCUGAAUAAUUAAAAUUGCUUUUCCUCCCAUUUCUUUGCAAUAGUGUAAUAGAAAGAAUAGAAAGUUAGAGACUUGACUAAUCUGCCUGUAUGUAUCCCAUGAUCAACAAACCUUGCCUUUUUGCAUAUUAGACUGCAGUUUAGUCUGGCUACUUCUAGCUUUCAGGCAGCCCAUCUUACCAAGGAGAGCCUGGGUAAAGUCAAACAAGAGGCAGCCCUAGUCAGCUUCUCUGGUUGCAUCCCUUCCAUCUCUUAGUUUGCUGAUUUGGUUUAAUUAUUUUCAGAGGUUAGAGUUGGAAAGUUAAAACCCUAGACGUGGAAUGUUUCCUCAGUUAGAGUUAUUCACUGUUUUAUGGAUCCUUCUUCACUGGCAUGUCACUCUCAAGUGUACCAAAGGACAUGUUGUUCCAUUGAAGGACUAAAAGGAAAGAAUUGCAAGUAUUUCCAGACAUAUUUCCCCACCUCUACCAGCAGUUUGAUAUACUAAAAAGCUCUAAACAAGCCUAUACUAAAAAGCAUUUUGUAACUGUAAGGGCAUGUUAUGAAUUCCUUCCUCUUUAAGCAGCAACUUACAUAUCCGGUGUUUUUCAGAAAUAAAGAAGGACUUAAGCAAAAUUGUCGGUUUUUUUAGUGUUGAAAAACUUGAAAGUAUGAAUUAUAUGGACAAAUAUUAAAUCGGCUUUUAAUAUACUUGCUUACAUACAUACAUUUGAAAUAAAGUAGAAUAAGACCUCAUACUGCUGAGAAGUUGAGAAAAAUAUCAGCCCUGUUUUAAAUAGGCCCAGUAUAAAUAGAAUUUGUGACUGUUUGUUAAUCUAGUGUGCCAUGUUCAUGAAGCAUAAGAAGAGACAUUCCUUUUUGAAAAUUUACAAUUCUGCCCUGUAACUAUCUCUGCUUUUAGAACUUUAGUCUGACUAGAAAUAUAUUCAAAUUCCAUGAGCACCUACAGUCUAGGCUACCUGUUGUGUUCACUACAUUGUUCAAAAUGCUAGCAAAUUUUUGUUUGUAUAGAAUUGAAAUGUUUUGUUCACGCAUGCCUGUGAUGUUCAUCAACCAAAUUUACCUGUAAGAAAUAUGCUACCACUUCCUCUCCACACCUGAGGCUUCCCUCUGCUUGAAAACAGUUCAGUAGUUUCUGUAGAAGUUUCACUGAGGAACCAUGAUUUCACAAAUAACAGAUGUGGCAGACUGAUUUUGUUGUGUUGGAUAUUUUUUCUAGUUUCUAAUACUUCAGUUUUUAAAGAAGGGAUACGAUACCCUAUGUGCCCUAAAAUUCAUUUCAGUCUACUUUGAGGUACACUUUCCUAACUAUAUUUUAUAGCGUAGCAAAAAGUUUGAAUUCUCACUAUUAGGGUGCACUGAGAGCCAGUUCAGAAAAUUUUUAAUUGCUGUCAUUACUUUAUAUGUGAAUUAUGGACAUGUCAGCAUUUGUUGUGUGGCAAAUUAUAACAUUUCAUAAAUUUGUCAAAUUUUAGAGACACAGAUGCCCAUCUUUGUGUGAUAAAGGUCAUGCUUUUAUUUUUGAGACUAAAUUUGGUCUGCUGUGCUAACUUCAUAUCUGUCAUUCCAGAAGUUGAUUAUAUUUGCUUUUUUCUCCAAAGAUAAAAAAAAUGCAACAAAAAUCCAAUUUACAAGUUUAUAUGUUGAUAUUUCUAGAUGUGGUCUAGUUCUAAAAGAAUUUACUUGGUGUUCAUUUUUUAGGUGUUUCAUGUAGACCAAUUAAUAUAUUUUUAUUGAAAACUAUUUCUACAUUUAUUUCAAGACUUUAUUUGUCAGUGACUUUUUCAAGUGCAUGGGUUAACAGUAGACUAUUUGGAAUGAGAAUAAAGUGGCCUUUAGUACCUACUCAAAAGAAGUAUAAUACAUGAGAACAAGAAUGUGUUUAUAAUUAUACUGAAAUCUAAUGCCUCUUUUCUAAAGCUUUGUACAUUCUUUUCAUGAUGCAGAUUAAAUAUUUUCUCUCUAAA